CCAGUCUCGAUGCGACCGCCUUUUCGAGUGUCCUCCGAUCGAGAGAACGCGUCCAUUGCGAAAACGCGCACCGAAAAGUUUAUUGUAUUAAUUAACGUCGAUGUGAGAUACGUGCGUCGCAAGUGUUCAAAGUAUAUUGCUAAAAGUGAAAGAAUAUUGAGGCCGGUGCGUGGCUUACCUAUGGAUAUAGCUUCGAAGCUUGCAACUUCUGUGAUCUUUUGUCGACUGAAAAUGUCGGGAAUUUGAGGGAGAAAAUGGGAGAAACGGUUGGAAGUGAUUAAAGGAUGUGCGAUUGGAAUGGCAGAAAAGUUGCGCGAGGCAGCUGCUCAUGGUGACGUUGAUCGAGUUGCACGCUUGCUCAACGAAAACGUUAAACCGUUGCCCGAUGAAAAUGGCCGGGGGCCCCUAUUGCUGGCCGCGGCAGGUGGUCACGUGGAAGUGUGCGAGACCCUGCUGCUGCAGGGCGUCGACGUUAGCGCCGCUGACGAUCAUGGAAACUCGGCGCUGCACGAGGCAUCGUGGCGUGGCUACAGUCGGACCGUGGCGGUUCUGGCGAAGGCCCUCGGGACCCAACGGGCCCCACUGCACGCCAGGAAUCUCGCCGGAUUUGCACCGCUUCACCUUGCCUGUCAAAACGGCCAUAAUCAAAGCUGUCGAGAGCUCCUCCUAGCCGGCAGCAAUCCCGAUCUUCAGAACAACUAUGGAGAUACGCCACUUCACACUUCGGCACGUUAUGGCCAUGCCGGCGUGAUGCGUAUAUUAAUUUCAGCUCUGUGCAAGGUGUCUGAUCAAAACAAAAAUGGCGACACUGCUUUGCACAUAGCAGCGGCGAUGGGCCGCCGGAAAUUGACGCGCAUUCUUCUGGAAGCUGGUUGCGAUCGAAGUUUACGGAAUAAACAAGGCGAGACGGCGAAGGAUAUCGCUCGUCGUAAGAAUCACACUGAAAUCUUGGAAAUCAUCUCCAAGGCACGCGGGAAGAGUCGGACGCGCAGCAAAAGCCGGGAAGGCGAUUCGGUAGACGGCAAAAUAGAUGACGGCAAACCGACGAGAUCGGACAAGAAGCGAGAGAAGACCGAAAGCGGUACCAGCGGUGGCGGCGGGAGCAGCUCGAAGAAAGACCGGAAGAAGUACAAGUCCAACAACAGCAAGCAGCACAAGGUCCGCUUUGAGAAGGCUAUCAUGGGCCGGCAAUGGUCGCCCUAUGGCUGCCACUAUUAUCCGGACCCGGAAGCGUUCCCUCAGCCCCGUCUAGACUCGCUGCCCUCUGAUCCUUUGGGCCGCGGCGAGCAGUACUACCUAGACCUGGCGGGCAACAUCAGAAAGGGCCCGGUGGGCGUGGGGUAUACGUGUUAUUGCGCGCCAUUCUUCCGGCACAUGGAGGCGAAGCUCGAGCGGGACAAGGCCGAGCUGAAGGCGCACAUCGAUCAGGCACACGAGAAGCUGGACCUGAAGGUGGCCAAUCUCGAGAGGAGGACCAGGGGACAGAUCUCAGAGUUGACCAGGUGCGUCCAGGAGGAGCGCACCAGGUGCGACGAAAGGUACACGCACCUCCAGCAACAUCUGCAGCGUGGCGGCAGAGGCAGGUACAGCGAGAGGCCAGCGAAAACCAAUCACAAUCAGGAAGUGAUACUGCCGACGAGGACGAGGUCGCUGGAGGACCUGUUGGACGACCGACCGCAAGAUCGUAGCUUUGAGAUUCCCGGGGAGACGCCGCCGGUUCACCGCGGAAGCCUGGACGAUCUCGAUAUACCGGCCAUACCUAGGCUCAGCACGUCCAUGAGGGAUCUGCCCUCGGGAUCCGGGAUAGUUACGUCGGGGCUCAGAGUGCUGGACAUUCCGCCGAAGUUGAACGAAACCCUCGACGGGGCCAUUGGGCCGGGUGGAACCUCGCCUUUGAACAUGUCGGACUCGAUUCCCGUAAAGGGAAGACGCCAGCAAAGAAACGGCGUGUCGUACGACGUGCACAGCAUGAGCAUGUCCGUGGAUGAAAAUAAGAUCCAGAAGAUUAGCGAUGGAAAUAUGACGGAGUGGAACGGUCGGCGCAGCGUCCACGAGAUGAUCAAGCGGUUUCAGCAAGUACCUGAUAUGCAUAAUGGCUGGCGGCGAGGAAUCCGCUCCGGAGGCAACGAGCAGGCCAGUUUGGCACUGGACGAGCAUACCAAGUGCUCGCCAAAUCAGAGGGUACAUCCUCAAGAUAACGAGAGCGAGAGCAGCGAGGGGGAGGACGACGACGUCGAACAGUCCAAGGCGUACAAAGAGAUGAACGGUAGGCAAGACAUCUCCAAAGACGUGCCCUACGACAGUAUCGCGAGAAUGCCGUACCGGUCGCGUAACCCCGUGUACAGUCCGACACCGCCCCUGCACGACACCCACAACGAUUCUGGCUACAGCACUCGCAUGUAUGGCUCCAGCAAAGGCGCGUCGCCCUCGUUGUCAGGCCAGCUAGAAUGCGACGUUAUCUUGUCACCUUCGACGGGCUCGUUCACAAGUGGAGAACAGCUCGCUGCCUUGCUGGAACAGCCGAGGAGGCACGACCUAACGGUUUACGAGCGAAAUGCUGACAAUGUCGUCAUUAAUAUCGGUACUGCCAGUUUGGUUUAGCAAUAGCUGAGAGAAUGUAGCGUCAAUCGGAGAAGGUUGACAUUUUUUAAAAUACAGCUGUGUAUGUGUUACACUGUACAUAAUAUAUUAUACAAUGUUGUUCUGGAAAUGAUAAAGGAACGAUUGUUUUAAUAUCACUGUAAGUGUCAUAUCCGUCCGCGUUGCCAUGACAAUAUUCCACACAAAAGUAAAAUUAAACAGAAAGCAGUAAUAUUUAUUGUUUGUAUAUUAUAUAUACGAAUUGUGUAUGUAUAGUAGAUAUGUAUAAGCGAUCGUUAAAACAAUUGUGAGAGAAAAGCAAAAUUGUAACUCUAGCUCAAUUCUGCAAGCUUUUAAUAAAGUCAUUAUCAAAUACAGUGGCUGCUGUGAAUGAACAGAACAAAUUAUAAAUUUGAAUUAUUCAUUUGACGCAUUAUUAAACAGUUUUACUAGUGAUAAAAUCAAUUCAACUGUUUAGAAUUUUAAAUUAAUGCAAAUAGUGAUAAGCAAUUGAUAUAGUAUCAAAGGUAGGAAUUAAAACGGGAAUAUAUUUGUUUGUAUUGUAAUAAAACAGACGUGUAUAAAGUUUAAUAGCAAAAUGAGGUUACAAAUAUUGGCUGUAUAUCAAUAUAUGUACAUAAAUCUACGUAGGUAUUUACAAGUAUUUAUACAUAUUACAUUUGUAAAAACAUAUUUAUAAUUUAAAUACAGAAGGCUUAUAAUAUUAAGAAAUAAAUUUCAUAAUAAAAUAAAAUUUAACGAUUAAUGAUAACUUUAUUUGUGAUACGUUUAUAUAUCAAGAUUUUAGACCAAAAAAGUAAAAAAUAUAUACUACAAUAUUUAUUUAAUAAUACUUUCAAUUAAUUAUAUUUUUUUUAAUUCGUCAUUAUGAUACUUUUGUUUAUUAUGUUUGUUAAAAAAGUAUAAUUUGUAGU